AUGGACGCCAAGACCAUUUCCUUCCCAUCAUCGGCGCAAGCCGCUCCCGCCGCUGCAUCCGACAACACCCAGAAACCAAAGCCGUGCUGCGUGUGCAAGGACGAAAAGUCGAAGCGAGACGAAUGCAUGCUCUUCUCGAAAGCGUCAGACCCGGCCGCCGAUUGCAAGUCGUUUGUCGAGCAGUACAAGAGCUGUAUGCUUGGUUUUGGGUAUAAGGUGUAA